AAACCACGUCAAAACAAAGGGUCUGUUAUAGCUGUAUCAACAACAUGCCACUGGAGACACCAUAUGAUAUGGAGGUUGAGGUGGCGUGUGUGAAGACGGAGCCCGGAGAGGCGUGUGCGGAGGAGCGGGAGCGCGAGGACAGCGCGCGGGGAGUGAGCGCGGCGGCCGCGCGGGCCGGACUGUACACCGGGCACGAGGUCAAGGACAAGCUCGUGCUGGGCCCCGAGGAGUGGCACCAGGAAAAAGUGCCCGUUAAAGCCCCUUCGACGGUCGAAAGAGAGGUCCUCGGGCGGGCGUGCUCCGUUCUACUGGAGCGCCUGCCGCCUCACGCCUUCCCCACACAACGCUACCAGUGCCACGACUGCGGAGGACGAUUCCAGAAUAAGACUGACUUAACUAUACAUAUACGAGAACACUCUACCUCAAAAUCAAUAAGGAAAUUUGUGUGUCGUUAUUGCAAUUCUAUGUUUAAAACUAAAUUACUUUUAUUAGAGCAUAAGAAAAGUGAAUGCAAGUUUCUGACAGAUAAGACAUCUUUAAAGACUCAAAAGCGCACUGUAAAACUUUUGAAUUGUAAACUGUGCAGUUUUACAACUCGAUAUAAACAUAUUUUCACGAAACAUCGAACGAUUCACGCUGGAGAGAAACCGUACAAAUGUAGUCAGUGCGACUACAGAUGCAAACGGAAAUCCUAUUUACAUGUACAUGAAGAGUCGCAUUCCGACGAAAAGCCGUAUUCGUGCAGCGAAUGUGAUUUCAAAUGCCGCUUAGAAAAGUACUUGCGCAAACACCAGAUGACACAUACUGGGGUGAAACCGUUUAAAUGCAGCAGAUGCGAGCACAGGACUUAUCAGAAAGCAAACUUGCGAAGGCACGAAAUGACACAUACUGGUGAUUAUUCAAAACCUUUCAAAUGUAGCGAUUGCGAGUACACGUGCAGAGACAAACAAUCUUUAGAAAAACACCAGCGGACACACACAGGGGAGAGGCCAUAUAAAUGUAGUCAUUGCGACUACGCCUCUCGUGAUAGGUCAACGUUGCGUAAACACAACUUGAUACAUACUAACCAGAAGCCUUUUCAAUGUAUCUGUGGGUACAAGUGUGCGGAUCGCACCAGCUUGAGAUACCACUAUAUGACACACACAGGGGAGAAACCUUACCAUUGUAAGUAUUGUGACUACAAGUUCUCAAGGAGAAUACGCUUACUCGAACAUCAGAUGGUACAUACAGGGGAGAGACCUUUAAAGUGUAGCGAUUGCGAUUACAAGUGUCGGAAGAAACCAGAAUUGUUAAGACACCAGUUGAAAACACACAGGUGACAACCCCUAGAAAUGCAACUACUGUAACUUCGCGACUUAGUGUAAAUCAAAUCUGUAAAGACUCCAAAAACGGAAACAUUUCAAUGAAAUGCCUUAAUCUUCUUCUUGAGUUUUAAUGUACAAAUUCGUUUGCUGUUUAAUUAAACCUUUUCUUGAAACAAAUAAAGUAGUAUUUCUUUUGUGUCAUUGUUAUUUCAAAAUUAAUCGUACCAUUUUUUGUAUAACAUGACUACCCACUUAAAAUAUCCGCUAUAUAUCACAAGGGCGAUGUCACCGUUAUACGUACGGUCACGGACUUUAAUAGAGUAGCUUAAGGGUCGGCUCACACCGGAAUGGCAGCGACGCGGCGAGCACUUUUAGUGUAAAAUAAUUUUAAAUUAAUCUACAUUAUUAAUUAAAAUUUUGAAAAAUCCCCCGACCGCGACGUAGUGGACCGAUUUUCAUGAAACAUGGCUAAGAACACUCCCGA